CUUUGUAAACGCAUAACUUUAAAAAUUCCUCAAGUAAACCUAAACCCAAAAUAAAAACGAAAACAAAAUUAACAAAAUAACUAAACUUUGUUAAAUAAAAUGCUAAAACAAUGACUGACACAGCAAAGAAAACAAUCCUAAACCAUGAGCAAUAUAGUACAAUUCUAGAUUUCAUUCAUAAUUACCGAGGACUCGCUAUCGACUGUGAAUUGGAAAUGGAACAAAGAUUCCCCGAGAUCCAUCGACAAACCCUCAAAAGUAUCCUAGUCACCGAGAUGGGACUACGCACAAAAAUUCAUUUUAGUAAUUAUCAAGCAAAUGCCGUAAGGCUCCUUAGAAUAUUUGAAGACAAAUCAGCACAUAGUUUUAAUAAUAACAUACUCAUCGAUAUAGCCUGUUCGGAACGAAUGUCGCCCGUGAUACUUUGUCGAAUAAUUUUACAAGAAAGGUACAAAGACUUCCAGAAGAGUGAUAUAGCCGAGUUAAUGAAGAAACCGAAUUUAAUCGAGGACGAAAAAUUGGCGGGAAAUGUUAGACAAUGUACGUUGAGUGAUAAUCAAGAGGGACCUGUUGUUGAUAUACGAAGAAGGUGCCUUGGGGAGGAAUAUGAAGUUAAGCUGAAAAAAAUGGCCACGGAUGCGAAGAUGGCAUUCUUCGAUGAGAACGACCUCCGACGGACGGGGUUCGAUAAGACCCCCGAUCUUAAACUGGUGCUUCCUUGCUUGUACAAAGGCUGUGUUGUGAAUUGGAUAGAGAGUAAGGCGCUUUUUGGCGAUGCCAAAACCCAUCGAAGGUACCUGUACUCACAGCUUUCUAGUUAUAGCAACAGGUUUGGUCCUGGGAUAGUCAUUUAUUGGUUUGGUUACCAUGAAGAGAUUGUUCAUUUGAAAGAAAACGGGCCCGGCCUUAUAAUACUCGCUGACUUUCCCAGCCUCGAACAUUUGGAGUUUUUAAAUACGUGAUACUUAAUAAAAAGUUGUUAGUUAAAUUAGUAAAGAAAAUCGAAUAAUGCAUUUUUUAAA